CGGGUGCCUUCCAAGAGAGAGGGAGGGAGGAACUCGGGGGAAAAAGUGCGGGGCGCCCCAGGCGAGGUCGGCACUCUUGGUCCCCGCGGCUCGCGCAGGACUUCACUCGAGCGCAGCGCCCAGGGAGAGCGGGUCGCGGGGCGGCGGCGGCCAGGGGGGACGAGCAGGAGUCGGAGGGGCUGCAGGAGGCGAGGACAAGCAAGCCGAACGGGGUCCCGGCCGCCCCGCGGGCCAAGGUCGAGCCCUCCCGCCCGUAGGCGAGCGCGCCCGCCGACCGGUGCCGGAGAGCCUCCGCCACAAAGAGGACGGGCGGGCGCCUGCUCCCCAUGACUUCCUGAGGUCCCGACUGCCCCGCUGAGUCCGGUGCCCGGGCCGAGCCCCCGCGCCCCCGAGCGUCCCCGCGCGCCCCAACCCGCGCCCUCCGGCAUGGAUGUCCACACCCGCUGGAAAGCGCGCAGCCCGCUCCGUCCGGGCGCCCAGCUGCUGCCCCCGCUGCCCCCGCCGGCGUGGCUGCUGCUGCUGCUGCUGUUGUGGGCGUCGCCUCGGAGCAGCGCAGCCCAGCCAGCAGAUCUCCUGAAGGUUCUAGAGUUUCAAAACCUGCCCGAUGGAAUAACCAAGACAACAGGCUUUUGCGCAUCGCGGCGAUCUUCCAAAGGCCCGGAUGUUGCUUACAGGGUCUCGAAAGAUGCCCAGCUCAGCGCGCCCACCAAGCAGCUGUACCCUGCGUCCGCGUUUCCUGAGGACUUCUCCAUCCUCGCCACUGUGAAAGCCAAGAAAGGCAGCCAGGCCUUCCUGGUCUCCAUCUACAAUGAACAGGGCAUCCAGCAGAUCGGCCUGGAGAUGGGCCGCUCCCCAGUCUUCCUCUACGAGGACCACACGGGCAAACCGGGGCCGGAUGAUUACCCCCUCUUCAGGGGCAUCAACCUGUCUGACGGCAAGUGGCACCGAGUCGCACUCAGCGUCCACAGGAAAAACGUCACCUUGAUCCUGGACUGCAGAAAGAAGGUCACCCAGCUCCUCGACCGCAGCGACCACCCCAUCAUAGACACCAACGGCAUCGUGGUGUUCGGCACACGGAUCCUGGACGAGGACGUGUUUGAGGGCGACAUCCAGCAGCUGCUCUUCGUCCCCGACCCCCGGGCGGCCUACGACCAGUGCGAGCACUACAGCCCCGACUGUGACACGGCCGCCCCGGACACCCCGCAGUCCCAGGACCCCGGCCCGGACGAAUACUACCCGGAAGGCGAGGGCGAGGGUGAGGGCGAGACUUACUACUACGAGUACCCCUACUACGAGGACCCAGACAGCCCCAGCAGGGAGCCCACUACCACCCAGAAGCCAGUGGAAGCCGCCAAGGAGACCACGGAGGUCCCCGAGGAGCUGACCCCGUCCCCCACGGCGGCCCUUCCGGUGCCCGCCACCAGAGAGGGGGCCGGGAAGGAGGAGGACCCCGGCAUAGGGGACUACGACUACGGGCCCAUCGAGGACUACUACACGCCGCCCCCUUACGAGGACAUCGGCUAUGCCGAGGGCAUCGACGACCCCGACCAGGCCCCCGACCACGGCGCGGGGGCGGAGGUCCCCACCAGCACCACGGUCGGCGCCUCCAACGCCUCCAAUCCGGCUCCACCCCCUGGGGAGGGGAAGGACGACGCGGACGGGGAGUUCACCGAAGAAACCAUCAAGAACCUGGACGAGAGCUACUACGACUCCUACUACGACCCCACCGUCUCCCCGUCCGAGAUCGGGCCGGGCAUGCCCGCCAACCAGGACACCAUCUUCGAAGGGAUCGAAGGGCCGCGGGGCGAGAAGGGGCAAAAGGGAGAACCCGCCAUCAUCGAACCGGGCAUGCUCUUGGAGGGGCCCCCCGGCCCUGAAGGCCCCGCAGGUCUCCCGGGACCUCCAGGAACGAUGGGUCCCACUGGCCAAGUGGGUGACCCCGGAGAAAGGGGUCCCCCUGGACGCCCGGGUCUCCCUGGGGCUGACGGGCUGCCUGGCCCCCCUGGAACCAUGCUCAUGCUCCCCUUCCGGUUCGGAGGGGGAGGCGAUGCUGGCUCCAAAGGCCCCAUGGUCUCAGCCCAGGAGUCCCAAGCUCAAGCCAUUCUGCAGCAGGCGCGGCUGGCGUUGAGGGGCCCAGCCGGCCCGAUGGGUCUGACCGGGAGACCCGGCCCCAUGGGUCCUCCCGGCACCGGAGGCUUGAAGGGCGAGUCGGGAGACAUGGGUCCUCAGGGCCCGAGAGGUGUGCAGGGCCCGCCCGGGCCGGCGGGCAAGCCUGGGAGAAGGGGGCGGCCCGGCAGUGACGGAGCGCGAGGGAUGCCCGGGCAGACGGGCCCCAAGGGUGACCGUGGCUUCGAUGGCCUGGCGGGACUGCCGGGAGAGAAGGGACACAGGGGCGACCCUGGCCCUUCUGGCCCGCCGGGCCCUCCGGGAGAUGAUGGAGAAAGGGGUGACGACGGAGAAGUUGGGCCCAGAGGGCUGCCCGGGGAACCCGGGCCACGUGGUCUGCUGGGGCCGAAGGGUCCCCCGGGCCCUCCCGGACCUCCUGGUGUGACGGGGAUGGAUGGCCAGCCGGGCCCGAAAGGGAAUGUGGGCCCCCAGGGGGAGCCCGGCCCCCCAGGACAGCAGGGCAAUCCCGGUGCCCAGGGUCUUCCCGGCCCCCAGGGAGCCAUCGGUCCCCCGGGAGAGAAGGGCCCCCUGGGAAAACCAGGCCUCCCAGGAAUGCCCGGCGCUGACGGACCCCCGGGCCAUCCCGGCAAAGAAGGCCCCCCUGGAGAAAAAGGAACCCAGGGUCCGCCUGGCCCCCAGGGCCCCAUCGGCUACCCCGGGCCUCGAGGAGUGAAGGGGGCGGACGGCAUCCGGGGUCUGAAGGGCACCAAGGGCGAGAAGGGGGAAGACGGCUUUCCCGGCUUUAAAGGAGACAUGGGCAUCAAGGGGGACCGGGGGGAGAUCGGCCCACCUGGUCCCAGAGGGGAAGAUGGCCCCGAAGGCCCUAAGGGUCGUGGAGGUCCAAAUGGCGACCCCGGUCCUCUGGGACCCUCUGGGGAGAAGGGGAAACUCGGAGUCCCAGGGCUACCCGGCUACCCAGGAAGACAAGGGCCAAAGGGCUCUAUUGGAUUUCCUGGAUUUCCCGGCGCCAACGGCGAGAAGGGCGGCAGGGGCACGCCAGGGAAGCCGGGACCGCGGGGGCAGCGAGGCCCAACGGGCCCGAGGGGUGAAAGAGGCCCCCGGGGCAUCACCGGGAAGCCCGGCCCCAAGGGCAACUCUGGAGGGGACGGCCCGGCCGGCCCUCCGGGUGAGCGGGGACCCAACGGACCCCAAGGUCCCACCGGAUUUCCUGGACCCAAGGGCCCCCCUGGCCCCCCAGGCAAGGACGGGCUCCCGGGACACCCCGGACAGAGAGGCGAGACCGGUUUCCAAGGCAAGACCGGCCCCCCAGGUCCGCCCGGCGUGGUCGGCCCUCAGGGUCCCACAGGAGAAACUGGUCCCAUGGGCGAGCGUGGCCACCCCGGGCCCCCCGGGCCCCCAGGUGAACAGGGGCUCCCAGGCCUUACCGGGAAAGAAGGGACAAAGGGGGACCCAGGCCCCGUCGGCCUCCCUGGGAAAGACGGCCCACCAGGACUCCGCGGCUUCCCUGGGGACCGAGGGCUCCCUGGCCCAGUGGGAGCAGUCGGACUGAAAGGCAGUGAGGGCCCCCCCGGCCCGCCAGGCCCCGCGGGGUCUCCGGGGGAGCGAGGUCCGGCCGGUGCUGCGGGGCCCAUUGGAAUUCCAGGGAGACCAGGGCCCCAGGGACCUCCGGGGCCCGCCGGGGAGAAAGGAGCGCCUGGCGAGAAAGGGCCACAAGGCCCCGCUGGCCGAGAUGGUCUCCAAGGCCCCGUGGGGCUCCCUGGUCCGGCCGGCCCUGUGGGGCCCCCUGGAGAAGACGGAGACAAGGGAGAGAUCGGGGAGCCGGGGCAGAAGGGCAGCAAAGGGGACAAAGGAGAACAGGGUCCGCCUGGGCCGACGGGUCCUCAGGGCCCCAUCGGGCAGCCAGGCCCCUCGGGAGCUGACGGAGAGCCGGGGCCUCGGGGCCAGCAGGGCCUUUUCGGGCAGAAAGGUGACGAGGGUCCCAGAGGUUUUCCCGGGCCCCCUGGACCCGUGGGGCUGCAGGGCCUGCCAGGACCCCCGGGAGAGAAGGGCGAGACAGGAGACGUGGGUCAGAUGGGCCCGCCAGGUCCCCCCGGCCCCCGCGGGCCCUCUGGAGCACCAGGUGCGGACGGGCCCCAAGGUCCCCCCGGUGGAAUAGGCAAUCCUGGCGCAGUGGGAGAGAAGGGUGAGCCCGGCGAGGCUGGUGAGCCCGGUCUUCCUGGAGAAGGCGGCCCCCUGGGACCCAAAGGAGAAAGGGGAGAGAAGGGCGAGGCGGGCCCUUCUGGUGCUGCCGGACCCCCUGGACCCAAAGGCCCCCCCGGAGACGACGGUCCCAAGGGCAGUCCCGGCCCCGUUGGUUUUCCUGGAGAUCCCGGACCACCUGGAGAGCCCGGCCCCGCGGGCCAGGAUGGUCCCCCUGGUGACAAAGGGGACGACGGCGAGCCCGGGCAGACGGGCUCCCCGGGCCCCACUGGUGAGCCCGGCCCAUCGGGGCCUCCGGGAAAGAGGGGUCCCCCCGGGCCUGCUGGCCCCGAAGGCAGACAGGGGGAGAAAGGAGCCAAGGGAGAAGCUGGCUUGGAAGGCCCUCCUGGGAAGACUGGCCCCAUCGGCCCCCAGGGGGCCCCUGGGAAACCCGGGCCUGACGGCCUGCGAGGGAUCCCCGGCCCUGUGGGUGAACAAGGCCUCCCGGGAUCCCCAGGCCCCGACGGCCCCCCUGGCCCCAUGGGUCCUCCAGGACUCCCUGGCCUCAAAGGGGACUCUGGCCCCAAAGGGGAGAAGGGUCACCCCGGCCUGAUCGGACUCAUCGGGCCCCCCGGGGAGCAGGGCGAAAAGGGGGACCGCGGCCUCCCCGGCCCGCAGGGCUCCUCCGGCCCUAAGGGCGAACAGGGCGUCUCUGGUCCUUCCGGCCCGCUCGGCCCCCCAGGCCCUCCCGGCAUGCCGGGUCCUCCUGGUCCGAAAGGUGCGAAAGGAUCCUCGGGUCCCACUGGCCCGAAGGGCGAGGCUGGCCACCCCGGUCCCCCCGGCCCGCCGGGCCCCCCGGGCGAGGUCAUCCAGCCCCUGCCGAUCCAGGCAUCCAGGGCGCGGCGGAACAUUGACGCCAGCCAGCUGAUGGACGACGCGGAGGGCGAGAGUUACGUGGACUACGCGGACGGCAUGGAGGAGAUCUUCGGCUCGCUCAACUCCCUGAAGCUGGAGAUCGAGCAGAUGAAGCGGCCCCUGGGCACCCGGGAGAACCCCGCCCGCACCUGCAAGGACCUGCAGCUCUGUCACCCCGACUUCCCUGACGGUGAAUACUGGGUGGACCCGAACCAAGGUUGCUCCAGGGACUCCUUCAAAGUCUACUGCAACCUCACGGCCGGAGGCGCCACCUGCGUGUUCCCAGACAAGAAGUCCGAGGGGGCCAGAAUCACUUCUUGGCCCAAAGAAAACCCAGGCUCCUGGUUCAGUGAAUUCAAGCGCGGUAAACUGCUCUCCUACGUGGACGCGGAGGGCAACCCCGUGGGCGUGGUGCAGAUGACCUUCCUGCGCCUGCUGAGCGCCUCCGCCAACCAGAACGUCACCUACAACUGCCACCAGUCGGUCGCCUGGCAGGACGCCGCCACGGGCAGCUACGACAAGGCCAUCCGCUUCCUGGGCUCCAACGACGAGGAGAUGUCCCACGACAACAGCCCCUACAUCCGCGCCCUGGUGGACGGCUGCGCGACCAGGAAAGGCUACCAGAAGACUGUGCUGGAGCUCGACACGCCCAAGGUGGAGCAGCUGCCCAUCGUGGACAUCAUGUUCAGCGACUUCGGAGAAGCCUCGCAGAAAUUCGGAUUCGAAGUGGGGCCGGCUUGCUUCCUGGGCUAGGAGCCGCCGCCCGGCCCGAGACCAACCUCGUGACCUCAGCGCGCCGCCGCCCGUGGGUGUCCUGGACAGCGAAGACCCCUCGUCCCGCCCCCGACCUCGUCUGCACCUCGGCACCCUGCGGGCCGCACCCGAACCAGAGAGAGCAAAGGGAAAGAGCCGUGUCCACACCCCGGAGCCGAAUCACAUGACCUAGAAGUCCCACAGCGCCCCGGGCCCGAAGGCCGCUCUCCCCAGCCCGGUUUUGUCUGCGCCGCAGCCCACGGGGACAGGAACCGGCCACAGGUCUUGCCACCAGACUCACCGGCCACGCCGGUGGAGGGGUCACAGGGCUGCGGCUGUGGUAUUUGAAGAUGAUGUUUUUUAAAAUUCAACUUGAAGAUGUGUACUUCCCCUGACCUUCAAAAAGCGUUCCGAGGCAGGCCGCGUAAAGGCCCCCGCCCUCGCCUGAGCCUCCCGUCCCGGAACUCAGCCCGUCACAGGCCAGAUGCCCCCUCGUGUGCCUUUCUGAUGGAUCAAAGGUGCUUCUGUUUUGUGAGUUGUGAGUAGAUGUUUGUACUGUCCUAAAUGUUCAGUGUCCCUGACUUUCAAUCACGCAGGUGGCCCCAGCCCCGUCCCAGUGGGAGCAGGGACGGGCUGGCGUCCCCUCUGGCUGCCCUCCGGUCUGGUCAGGCCGGGAGCCCCGCGUCCGCCCUGGGUGAGCGGCGCCAUCAAUUGGAAAUCGGCCCAGAGCCGCGGGAAUUCAUGCCGCCAUUGGAAAAGCAGGUGCCAGAGCUCUUUUUCUGACAGUUUUUUGAUGAGCGCUGGAUUUUUUUAAUGGGGAGGGAAAGAACGUCACACUCUGCCUUCUGUGCGAGCUCUCAGACGGAGACACGCAAGUUCUCCGCGAUUAAGUGAAAAUUGGUGCUUAUUUCACUCUCUCUGUGGUGCUACCUGUCCUGACGCUUUGAAGGUGGCCCUGGGCCUCCGUCUCCCUCCCUCCUCCACAGUCCGGUGUGUGCCCAGGCCACCGAGGCACGUGCGUGUCCCCUCCCCUCCCGCCGGGCCCCCGCCCGCACGCCCAGAUCAUGGUGUGGCCGAGCUGACGCCAGUGACCAGCGCCCGGUGGUACUUCUGUGAUUUGAAACCCCACAGAUACCACACAGGACACUCCCACACCGUCCACGGCGUCACAACCGCAGCCUGCAUCCUGCUGCCAAACGUCUGUGGUGCUAAUUACCGCGUUUGUCCCAAAAUGGCUCUGAAGCCGCUCGGUGGUCCCCAUACCUUCCGGGGGCUGGUCCGGGGCAGCCGCAGGCAGAGACACGUGCGCUGAACUCUGUGAGCCUCGGCGGGGCUGCUGGCGGGGCCCCGGCCCUCGAACACCGCCUGGAUUUCCACCAGCAACACCCGGGUGCGGCCCUCGGUGCCCGGGAGCCCGGGGCUGCCUUGUGUGGGUGAGGAGGGGUGUCCUGUGGACUGUGAGAAGCCUCCCACCUUCCACGACGGGAGGGGUCCGGCCCUGCACGGCCCCCUCCGGAGGGGGCUGUCCUGCCCCCCACCCCGCUGCGGAGGUCCCGGCACGGCCACCCAGGACACACAGACUGCCGCCCACGAGGAUUUCCCCAGUGCUCAUGGGAACCCAGCCCCACUCUUGCCAAGGGGAAGCCUGGUGAGGAGGGACUUCCGACCCCGCCACCGCCUCAGCCCCGCCUUCGAGAAGAAAGCCGUGCCCGCCGCGGUUCCGCUAGGUCAUGUGAUUCCGAUUUGAUCUUUCACCCCGUCACUUUCUUCCUCUGUCGGUCCCUUCCAAGCUGUUGUGAUUUGUACUGAAGUCAAGGACGUGUCUCGUUCCCCCCGGACCACUUAGCUGCGGUAUAUUGCAAUAAAGUUACUUCUAUAUUUGCAGAAAUUCUCUUGGUGUAAUUUUAUUUCAUUGUCUCCUAAUCUAUAUAAUUGGACACACGUUGACAAAAAGGGAAACCAGCACACAGAAAACCUGUGGUGACGAUUCACGGAGGUCAGCCGCGUUCCAAUCCGUGCCAGACGGCACCGUGCGUGCCUCCCGAGAGCCCGGUGGACGGGUCCGUGAGCUCUGACUGUAAUGCCCAUGAGGGGGCAUUUGGAAAUAUUUUAAAUCUGUGUAAGAGAAGGAUCGUUGUAAUAGUUUCCAAUAAAUCACGUUUACUGUUU